UUUUAUUCAAUGUUUACCAUUAACUUUUAAAAAUGUUCUCAAAGAUAGUAUUAUUAAUAGCAGCUUCAUUGUGCGUUUCGUGCAGUGUGCAGGAUUCAGAUUUAACUCUGACUCUGUUUUACGAAGGAUUGUGUCCAGAUUGCCAUGUUUUUAUUCUGGAACAACUAUAUCCUGGAUACCAACAAUUGGGAGACAGCUUUAAACUAGAUUUAGUACCGUAUGGAUUUGAGAAUUAUGAAAAACAAGCCGAUGGAACAAUAAAGUAUACCUGUCAACAUGGAGAUAACGAAUGCUAUAUUAAUAGAAUACACGCUUGUGUUAUCGACCAAAAGCCAGUUCAAUCAGAUCUUAUAAACUUUUUGCAGUGCUAUUUACAUCAGGCUAGCGUAUAUAACAUUCCUGAAGAGCUGUUGGAUAUCGCAAAGGACUGCUCUGGAGGUACUAUUUCCUUUGAUGACCUUAAAGUUUGUGUAGAAGGAUCCCGUGCAGAUGAACUUUUGUUAUCAUACUCCGAGAGGCAAUCAGAAUUGACUCCCAAGCUAGCAUACGUACCACACAUACGGUUUAAUGGUGCUUAUGAUCCGGAUUUAGAAAAUGACGCAAACCAGGAUUUUGUUGGUACUAUUUGCAAAUUAUUAAAAGAUAAUAAACCCAAUGUUUGUGAAGCUCAGGGUGGAGACUUCUGAUCCAGAAAUGGUUAUUCUUAAACCGUAUUCCAUAUGAUUAAAAAUCACAUUUUAUAUAACAAUAGUUUUAAAUAAAUAAAUAUUAUUUAAUUAA